UAUAGUCUUUUCAUCUCCUUUCACUGUAUUUGCCUGCAUUAGAUCAGGAGUAUCCAAAGAAUCUUAGCUGUACACUUGCCUGUGAUUUCUCUGAUCUUCUUAAAGAGAAACCAAAUGAAGAUAGGACUUCAAAACUGUGGAAUGCAUGCUAAAGAGUGGGAAUGACCAACCUAAAGACUGCUUGAAACCAUCAGCAGCAAAAGGAGGAGCAGUUUUGAAGGCACGUGUUGUGCAUUUGGAAUGUUUCCUGCUGGGUAGCAUCAAGAGGGAGAGGCCAUCCGUAGCCUCAACAGGUGCAGUGUAAGACAUACCAGCCAUCUUAGGACAAAAUGAACGCUGAUGACAAAUAGGGGAUGAGUAUUAAGCUUGACUGUGAUCCUCCUGGUUCUGUGGCAAGAUAAAGUCUUCUUCAAACUUUUGACAUGAAGAAAGAUAUAGAUGCUUUAAUAGCAGAAGAAAGGACAGAAAUCAUUGCUAAGUAUGAGAAGGGAAGGCAAGAUGGAACUCAGAUUGAUCCAUGGGAAGAUGCUGACUUUGCUCUCUACAAAGUUACAGACAGAUUUGGGUUUUUGCAUGAGCAUGAGUUACCAAUUCACAGUGCUCUGGAGGAAAAGCAAAAAAUUCAGGAGAUUGAACGAGUGGACAAAUGGCUGAAGAUGUUAAAGAAAUGGGUAAAAUACAGAAACAGUGAAAAGAUGUUCCGCAGAAUUUAUAAAGGGAUCCCCCUCCAAGUACGAGGUCAAGUCUGGUCACUCUUACUGGAUAUUGAAAAGAUUAAGAUGGAGAAUGAAGGGAAGUAUGAGAAAAUGAAAGAACAAGCCAGAAGCUUCUCAUCAGAAAUCAAACAAAUAGAUCUGGAUGUCAAUCGCACUUUUCGAAACCACAUCAUGUUCCGGGAUCGCUACGGAGUAAAACAACAAGCUUUGUUCCAUGUCCUGUCAGCUUACUCUGUUUACAACACGGAAGUGAGUUACUGCCAGGGCAUGAGUCAGAUUGCAGCUAUCUUGCUGAUGUAUUUGAAUGAAGAGGAUGCCUUUUGGGCGCUGGCACAGCUGCUUACCAACCAGCGGCAUGCGAUGCAUGGAUUUUUCAUCCCUGGAUUUCCAAAGUUGCAGAGAUUCCAAGCUCACCACGAAGCAAUCCUAAACAAGCUUUUCCCAAAGUUAAAGAAACACUUGGAUAAGGAACAGAUGUUGACAGGAAUUUAUACAACUAAGUGGUUCUUGCAGUGCUUCAUUGACCGGACUCCGUUUACGCUAACCCUGCGGCUGUGGGAUAUUUACAUCCUGGAAGGAGAGCGGGUUCUAACAGCUAUGGCAUACACCAUCCUCAAAUUGCAUAAAAAACGCUUGUUGAAAAUGACCCUUGAAGAUCUGCGGGAAUUUCUGCAAGAAAAAAUUGCUGCUUCUUUGCAGUUUGAAGAUGAUACGGUAAUUGAGCAGUUACAAGCAUCUAUGGCAGAACUGCGUAAAAUGAAAUUUGACCUUCCGCCUCCAGCAAAAUCUGAAGAAUUCCCCAAAACAGCUCUGGGGAUGGAGCUUUCUCUAAAUCUGCUGUCAGUGAAAUCCAAUGUAGCCAGUAAUGGUCAGAAAACGGCUGUCAGUGACUUCAGCCAUGAUAAAGAUGCCAUAAUACAAUCUUCUCCAGAUAAGAAUCCUCCUUGCCUGAAUGAAACAACUGAUAAUUCAAAUAUGGCAAUACAUGAGAGAGCUUCUCCAGAACACAAUGGAACACCCUUGCAGAAUAAACUAGCUGAUAUGCAUUGCAAUCCUUUCAAUAAACUUCCACCAAAUGAAAAGUUUGAAACUGAGGAGUACCAAGUGGAAGAAAAUGCUGAUAAAAUUUCUUCCAUGGAGAAUCCUAUAAUGCUGGAUAACAUUCAGACAACAGGAGAAAAUCAAGAUGUGGCUUCAGACAGUAAGAAGGAUAAUUCAUUAAAAAGCAGUAGCACUGGGAAGUGUAGUUUACAGGAAGAUAAACACAUUUCUUUAGUUGAUAGGGACCAUGUUAUUUCUCCUGGGUUACAAGCUCAGACAGCAGACAUGUCAACAGAUAACUCUGUCUGGGAGUCCCAAUUGCAGAGUCAACCCUUGGAAGUAGACCUUUCUAUCAGCCAGGAUAGUACAGCAUCAUUAUCAAGAUCAGAGUCACCGCAUCACUUAGAUUCACCACCCUCUGUGCAAAAUGCAGCUGCUCUUGAGCAUGGGAGCACAACCUGUUCCUCUGAAGAUUUAGUAUCUGAAGAUGCUGCAUUGCUUAAAGAUGAUUUGUAUCUUCCCCCAUGUACAGAAUCAUCUUCUACUGCAGAACACAGCCUCUUUAUACCACAUGACUUGCCAGAAAAUCUAGUAGUGCCAUGUAGAGUCAGAACACUUGCUACUCUCUCUCCUGCGUUCCAAGAUGGACAGCGACGGCCUUCUAAUGUAUCUCAGUAUGAUAACCUCUCUGAAAAUGAAGAUGAGGAAGGAAAACAGGUGCCCGGUUCUAAGAAACUGGCAGAUUCAAUACUACAAACUGAGCUCUGCACGCCAGUACUAAAGUGUUCUAUGCCCAAGUCUGCCUCAUUUGGAGAAAUAGACAAUCUCCAAAGGCAAACCCAAGAAGUGGCAGAUUUGGUACAACUGCCAAAAAAUGUUGGCCAGCUCACCUCAUUUCCCAUGCUGCCACAUUACAAAAGAUUGUCUGGUGGAAGCAGCGUGCCAAUCCUACCUGAGCUUGGUCCUGAUGCACUCGUGCCGUCUGAAGGCCUCCAAGCCCGACAUACUUCAUCUCCUGUGUUGCAGGAUCAGCACAGCCCCUUCAGAAUUGUAAAAACUACCACCCCUCUUCAUUUGGCCUAUGCCACAGAGCAAGGCUUUUUGAGCAAAAAGCAAGUGGCUCUCCCUUUGCCAGAGACCAGCCACUGUCAUACAGCGGAUGGUGAAAAAUAUAACCUUGCCGCUGGGGAAGCUGAGGCAGCCGGUGAUUGUGUUCAGAAGUUGAAAAAUGCUCCGGGUGGUUCACCUGCAUUUCAAAAACCAAAACUACCACCCAAGGUUUUCAAAACACUUUCAGAGAACAAUUUCUGUUCAAGCGGUUCCCCCAUGGGGCAAAUGUCUAAAUCAGUCACAUUCUAGAAUUACUGAGAAAGAGGAAAUUUGGGUCACCUAAUGUUUAUCCAUAAGAGUUUGGAAAGAAAGGCAGAGCCUAAAGCAAAAUUAGGAAGAUGAUAACUUUGCUCAUCAAAAUGUGUUCAGGAAUUCAGGACAAAGUUCAUAGUACAGGCCAGGCCAGUAGCUAAAGCCUGCAGAGAGCUUGCAAAAUCUGGGUUUUUCUCCAAAGUAUUUGAAUUGUAUGUCUCAUCUUUUUCUUCAUUAGGUAAAUGUUUUAACAGAUUUAACCUGCUAAAAACAUCAGUUUCCAAACCCUCAUAGCUGAAAAAUGAAAGUCAAACUUCAGAGAAGCAGCGAGUCCGAAGGGAAUUACUUUAGGAAACAAGAGACAAGUCAAUUCCACAUUUGGGCCAGUAAUACUUUUUUUUCAGUAGCAAUAGUAGUGUUGUUUUUCUGUUUCAAUUUAGUACUGUAGCUAAUAUACUAUUAUAAAUGAGGCUGUGCAUAAUAUAUGCCAGGGAAGUUAAUUUUCAUAGCAUCUAUGCAUAUCAAACACACAUUGUUAUUUGUGUGUUCUUUCACUGAAAUCAGACAAUUCAGCAUGCCUUUUUGAAACUGGUUCCUCUCUCCCUGCCAUACCUCCUUGUUUACACUGAUGAGAUUUAUUAAAGAGAAAAGAGAUCCCAGCAAGUUUUUCGUUCAGUUGAACUUUGCAACAUGUUAAACAGACAUAGCUUCAGAGAGAAACCAAGAUAAUGAUGUAGAUUGCUUGGAGUUUGCCAUCAGAUGUUUCUAAAUUUGCUCAUCCUCAACAUGUUUAUAAGCAUGGAUCCUCUGAGUAUCUAUAACAGGAAGUUUUAGCUACUUAUCCAAGUAUUAGCUUGGGAUGCAAAGAACUCAUUUUCUAAUUGCACUACAGCUUUCUUCACAAAAAGCUUUCUAAAGAAGUUGUGACAUCUUACUUGCCCUCAUGCCAUUGUCGCCCAUUGGAAAUACCCUUUACCUUAUAGGAGUAUUAUGUUGAUUCAUAAACAGUUCUUGCACUGAUAUUAGAGGAGGAAAAAUAGAGAAAAUAUUGGUAGCUAAGACAUUCCCACAGAGCACAGUCGUUAAUGAAGUUUAUCUAUUACUUCCCCAGCUGUGAUGCAAUUGUAAAAGUAAUGCAUCUCAGUUUCUUUAGGGUGUACUUUCAAGGGUAAAGACCCAAAGCUUUUAUUUGGCUUGUAAUCCAUCUGAGAUUUUCCUUAGAGCAUGCAAAACCCAUGGCUGCUUUAGUAGCAGUUAAAUUUAACAAGCAAAAGAUGGGAUCCUUUUUGGUGGAUGAUAAAUAUUUUCUAGUCUGAGUUUUCAGUUUUUCUAUAUUUAUGCUUCCUUUUGUUUUUAAUAAGGUGCGGUAACACAUUCAGAACUAUUGUAGUUCUGCAAUGCAUGCUUUUUUUUUUUUUUUUUUUCAUCAGUUACAUUUUGCAACGUCAGAUGCACAUCCAACACCUUCAUGCCUUAAAUCAGUGACACACAUUUUACACUGCAGGAAUAACUAAAGGAAAAUUAAAAGAAUUGUAGCAGGCAAGGUGUAGUGUUACUUAAGACUAAUGUUAAGAAAGGAAGCAUAGUGCAUAUUGUAAAGAGGGGUGGCAAUUCUAUGCCCAUCCAGACACUGGGCUCCAGUUUGCAUACCCAUAGGUCAAGGAUCAUGGGAACUGUACUCCAUGUAAAAAGUUCUGUGUUAUUUUAAACUUGUAUUUGGGAAGGGGAAGCAGCAGGCUUUGCUCCAUCUGAAGUUGGACAAUAGAAUAUUUUUAAUUUAUGCAUAUAUUUUAUCUUGUGUUACAUUCUCCUCUGUACCUACCCAGACAACACCGGACUAGAAAAUGUCCUUUGCUGGGGUUAUUUUUUUCUUUUUGGUGUUUUGGUCGUUGCUUUGUUUUUUUAGCUUAGCUGAUUUCCAAGCUAAAGCAAUGUUGGUCUAGAUCUCCCAGCGUGCUCAAAUGCCGUAGCUCAUAAUCACCUGUCCAAUUUCUGGAACCAGGCAGGGUUCAGAAUUCUUGUAAGGGCAAGUUGCAUCCCUCUUUGUGUGCAGGUGUCUUCUUUGAAGCAGCAGAGCCCGUUUGCUUGGGCCUUUUCCUUUCUGCUGCUCUGUGUGUGCGUGUGUCUGUUGCAGAAGGAGAGCAGGGCCACCUCAGUGCUGCGUAACUGGUAGUCAAGCGAUUCGCUCCCCUGUCACCCUUUGCUUGCCCACUGGUGUCUCACUCUUGUCGAUAAGCUUAUGUUGUACCAGUGAGCCAUGGGAAGAUAGCGUUGCAUUUUGGACCUUUUUCACUUGCUCCAAAAUGGAGCAUUAUUACCCUCCUGCCCUGUGACAUCUCUUGGGCCCCAGACUGGUGGAGAUCCACUUUUGAGGGCUUUCUUAUGACCCCUUCAGUCGCUGUGCUCUCCUCAGAUUCUCCCACAGUUAUAGGAGGAGGAGGUUGAUACGUGAGCAAGACUUGCUGGCUUGUGGGGCCAGCGGCAGUGCUGCCUGUUCCUCUGCUGCUGUUUACCUGCAGGGCUUGAGACUUCAGCAGAGGUGCAUCUGGCAGGAAAUCGUGGUGUUUGAAAAACAAAACUGCACAUCCCCAUUCAUCUCCCAGGCCUUAUUCAGCACGUAGCUGCAAUGCCAGCACACUCCACAUUCUGCAUAUUUGCCUUAGUCCUGGCUGACUCCAUUGGCUAAUUAGAUUCACAUUUUCCCAGCUACUAAAAGGAGUAUUUAAUGGUGAGGAAAAUAAGCAUUUCUCCAAAUGCUUCUUCAUAGGAGCACGUUGGCGUCCUCCAGAACACAAAAACAUCCACAUAUUGCUGGCUGGGAUGUUUUUGCAAAAGGGACCAAAGACUUUAAACUCGAGGGCAAAGUGCUCUACUAAGAGGUUGAGCUGUGGUGAAAGAGCUCUGGAAGCUCCCGUUCUUCAAAAGAAUAGGCAAUGGCAUUUUGGUGCAAGGAAGACACAAUUUGCUUACGUACGGUCGAAAGGUAUAGUAUUCUUUGAUUGAGUAGUCUCUCUGAAGCACAUCUAGAUGCCAAAAGAAUUUAUCCACAAAGUUUUACUUCAUCAGCAUGGCUUUUAAGCGGAGCGAAGUCCAAGAAAGAAAUAUCUACUUAAAUACUUUGAACCCAGAGAACAACACAGGUACACACAAACUUAUUUGACUUUGCAGAAGUUAAUCUUGUGUAAUGGUAUUAAUCUUGUGUAAAGUUACAGAAGAAAAUCAUUUCCCAAAGGAAGGAAGUUACUGCCUAGAGGAUGAGACAGAAUACUCACCCAUGUGCAUAUUAUUUAAAAUUGUACCUGUCUUAUUUACGUUAGCAAUUCAAAUAUAGCUUUACAUAUAGGCAUAUAUCACACUGCAUCCUGCAUUAUGAAAAGACAUUCAUAUGAUUACAGUUGAGCAGAUGCUAUUAAAACCUGAAUGAACUAUAGCUUUAGAUGUGCUUUAAGACAUAGCAGUUUCUAGUAGUACAGCUGCCGAAGUAAAACUGGAAACCAGUGUUUAAGGCUUCCCAGUACAACUUCUGGGCCAAAAGAUUUGCUUCCUGUGAAUGAAAUGGAAACAGGGAAAGCAAAUCUAAAGUAUUUUGGAAUUAUCUCCCUGCAGUUAUUCUCUAAAUCCUCUGGAUGCCCAAUCCAUCUAUUCCUCCUCUUCCUCCUCCCUUUCUCCACUUGUUCCUAUGAUAAUCUGAAAGCAGCCUUUGCAAAUGGAAGUAAGUGUUACUGGACCUCAUGCCAUUUCCAUGCUGCUCUAAACCAACAAGCAUAUCCCACGAGAACAGCACUGGGACCGUAUCCAAAGCUGGGGGUGAUGGUCCAAUUUACAAGUGACACGGGGAGGGGGCAGUCAAACUUCUCAUGUGUACCUUUCUCCACCCAUCUUCUAAAUCAAUGGGAUAUGGGAUAGAGCAAACACUGAAAUUGUUUCUCAACAACACAGUCAGAUAUUCCAGGAAACGUAAUGCUCAAGGGUGCUCUCAUGCUAAGGAAUUCAGCUGGGUGCCUAAGAAUGAGAGGAUUAAAUAGACUCUGAUUAGGAUGUAAGGAGAACCAACUUGGGCAUUCCACUGAGGUUUAAUCAUAGAAGCCCUACUUUGGGGUUCUCACUGCUGGACAGGAACAGCAUUCUGGCAGCAUUAGUGGUGAGGUGGCCUUUUACUUCCAAAGAGUACCCUUCCACAAAGUAGGUUACUAUAUUAAAGGGGUUACGUGAAUUUCUGCCUAGAUUUUAGCAAUGCCUGGUUUGGUUUUGCUUGGAAUAAUCCUGUGUCAGGCAGCUCUGAAGCAGUUUGUAGAGGUUUGGUUUUGAUGCUAUUAUCCCCCAUGCUGUUGCCCCCUUAAGAUGGGGAAGGCAUCAUCUCUGCUUUGAGGAGGAGCUAAAGAGCAUUGUUGGGGCAAAGCAGCUGAGCCCCUGCAAGGAAGCAAAGCAUUUGAUCAGCCCUUGAACCAAGUGCAUCUAAAACAUUCUUCCACUUCUUAUUCUCGGUGAGAGAAACAGCCAGUAUUCCUUCAGAAACUCAGGAAAAUGACUUCCGCCCUCAAUUCCCCAAAUGGAGUGUGUGGCUUAAAAUGUAUUUCAUUUUAAAGUCUAAUGUUAUCUUGAUGGAUCAGAUCCAAUUCUUGGAGCAGAAAUAGUCCAGCCAUGUGGCAGGGAUUCAGCUCUGGGUUCUGGAUACUUUCCCACUGUUGUAACUGGGAACACCCUGCAGGUCAGCGGAUGGGUCUGUUCGUGCACUUUGAUAGCUCUGCUGCCGUUGUCGUCUUAACGCGUUCCAUGUUAACAGCUACUCUUGACCCCUCAGCUUCCUUGGGAACUGUGCGAUGUAUUGCUUUCAUUCUCUUCUGUGUCUAUGCUUAGGAUGGCAGGUGAGGGGGGAGGUAAAGCAAAAUUAUUCAUUUUUUAAAAUGUGGAUCCAAAAGGAUUGUACAGAUGUUGAAAUGCUGUGUUUUACAUGGUUGUAAUAACAGUCAAACUUUAGCACAAAUUGCUGCAUGUUGAUUCUUUACUUACUUCUCUGGGAAUGUUAUGGCAAGUUGCCGGUCUGUUCCCUGUUAUGCUCAGCUUUCAGGCACAGGUGAGCUAAACUGCUCAGCUAGAUACCGUCGCUGGAGGGAUGGGAAUCUGGGUGUGACCCAUCCUUGCUCAUCUGGAUUUAGGGAUAUCAAGAGUUUGGGUCUUGGCAAUGUUUAGCUAUGGGACAAUCCAGUAUAACCACACCAUAGACAAGCUGAUGCUGCAAGGAAAAAUUGUGUUUGCAGCUACAGAUGUACUCAGAACAUUUUCUUGGAGAUCAUAAAAUGAAACUGAUGCUUGUCAGCACAAUGGUCAUGUUUUCAGGUUUAUUCUGUAGGAAGAGAAUAGCUUGGCUGUGACACUUUCUGGAAACUAGAGGCUGAAGUUGUAUCAUUCAUGUGACAACUGCAAAAUUCCUAGCACUGGAUAACAAGAAUUGUCUUCUCAUCUAAUAACAGCAAGAUAUUUGCUUUCUCUCUCCAGAUGGGGAACCAUGAACAAUAGUGUUGGUUUCCAACUGGAAGGUUAGGUUUCACUACUGUGUUCAGCCUAAGCCCAGUGGGUGACAGCAGCAAGAAAGCCACCCUACAAAUAUAUGACAAAAAUGAAGAAUUCCACUCUUAAAUGCACAGCUGUGAGAGACAGAACCCAGAUUUGAACAGGCUGGAAACUAGGAUACUUCAUGGGGAUUUUUUUAGAUAAUUGUCUGCUGGUGGACAGUAAUGGUUGUUCAUGUCCAUAGGCAAUGUAAAUGGAUUUUGUAUUUUUGCAUAGGGAGCUAAUCCCUGGUUUUGUGGCUGCUGCUAAACCUCGAGUCAGGCUUGACUUCUAGUGAUUACAUGAACAUGCACAUGCAGUUUUCUUAGUAUCAGUAUAGCACUAGUUUGUCAUUGUGUUCUGCCAGUUUGUAUUUGUGUGUUUACUUUCCAACCUACAGCCCUGGAAUUUUCUGGUGGUCUCCCAUCCAAGUGCUAACCGGACCUGACUUUGCUUAGCUUUUGAGGAUCAGCCAAAGUUGGCAAGAUGUUGCCACCUGCUACUGGUGCUGGGAUCACUAGGAGCAUUUAAUACAAAAGAUCAGGCCCAUAUAUUCCACUGCAUAUGAUGAAAAUCUGCUGCCAUUCCUUUUAUUUUAACAGAUUCUGUGUACUCUGAAAGCUUGAAUUCUUGGAAGUGCCAUUUUUUUCAACAGGUUUUUUAAAAUUGUUACCCUGGAGUUAUGUGAGAAUUUGAUGGGGUUCAAUGAGAGACUGACAAAAAAGUUCACUCAAACACAACCAAUCUUCCCUCACUGGUUUUGCCUCUUGAUCAGAAAUUCCAGGGGGAAAAAAACCUAACAAAUUCCACAGCCUGAAAAAGUUUGAGACCCCUGUACAAUACAGCUGCCAUGUAAGAGCUAUCUGAAAUCCCUUCCACAUAAUAAGACGUUUUGCAGUGUAUGCAAAAGUUUAGGUACCUUGGUCAUAUUGUGUGUUUCAGUGAAUCCCUAAGUAAACAGAAGCAGACCCAAUCGCUAGAUCAGGGUUUCUCAACCUCAGCAACUUUAAGAUGUGUGGAUUUCAACUGGCUGGGGAAUUCUGGGAGUUGAAGUCCACACAUCUUAAAGUUGCUGAGGUUGAGAAACCCUGAUCUAGAUGCAGUAGUAAACCUACCUUUUUGCAAAUUUGAGGAUAUAUUAGCUACACGAUUCAAGAUGAAUGCACCAGUGGGUGUGACAGGCGCAAAGGUUUGUUCACCCCUUCCUUCAGGACUCUGUAGCUCCUCCAUUGGCAGAAAUAACAGCUUCCAAACAUUUCCUGUAGCCAGCUAAGAGCCCCUCUUUUCUAAUGUUUUCCCCACCCUCCUAGCUCAGAAAUAUUUGAAGGUUUCCUUGCAUUGACGGCAUGCUUGAGAUCUGCCCACAGGUUUUCAAUAAAAUUCAAGUCUGGGGGCUGUGCAAACCAUUGUGGUACCUUUCUCUCUUUCCUGUCAGUAUUUUAUGGUCCAUUGGAGCUGUGUGUUUCAAACCAUUGUUUGUAGAAACACCCAACUUCUUUUCAGCUUUUGCAUACAACUGCGUACUCAACAUGUAUAGUUUGGCUUAAUGCUGCUAUUCUUGUCAGCAACUUUUGGUAGGCAGAGAAAUACAUUGCAAAGUGUGGUCCAUAGACAGGUACAUACUUGCUGUGUAAAAUAACAGCCAUGUUGAUAGAACAUGGCUUUAGCUUACAGACCAUAAUAGGGGCAUGAUUAGCAAAACAUAUUUAAAGAGAGCUGGCUAUUGUUUCCUGAAACCACAGAGAACAACAGAAGUUGAAGUGUGUACACACAGGUAGGCAGUGCUAGCCUAGAACGUUAGGGAGAAAAGCCUUUAUAAAGCCAGUCUCCCAGUUACGUAUCUGCUGCUUCAUUCAGCUGUAGCUUUAAUUUCCAAAUUCAUGUAUUUGAAUUUUGAAAGGUAGAUUCUUGAAAUUUUCUCUCUUCAGUCAUUUUAUAUACAGGAGUAGGAAUAGAAUAGAUGUAGAAGUACCUGAACUGGUGAGGGAGGUAAUGGAACAUUCCUGGAGUUUCUUAGGAAAGGCACUUGGAGGAGUGGGAAUGUUUGGGUCUGAGUAGAAUAUUAACAUUUAAGAAUAGGGGGCUGAACAAGAGUCUGGGCUGCCUGUUUUACUCAGAUUUGGUUUCCCAGAACCGAGACUUGCACCUGUACUUGAGAUACAGAUGGGGACAUAGUUUGAUUUACUUGGAUAUUAGAUGUUGGAAUAAAG